AUGCGCCUCACGCAAACCCUCGCCGCCGGCGCCGCCCUGGUCGCCGGCGCCUCGGCCGAGGGCAUCAACUGCCACGGCAGCAGCAACUGCGGCAACGUGGGCUUCAAGCUGUCGGGCCUGCGCAACACGGCCCAGGGGCUCGACGACAACCGCUGGUACCAGAACGGGCAGAAGAUUGCCUGCUGGCAGGCCCGCGACGGCUCCGGCUUCUGCGCCUUCCUGCAGAACACGGGCGGCAUCCCCGGCCGCGAGAUCAAGCGCCUGCUGCAGGAGCUGGUGAACCACGGCUGCGCCAAGUGCGGCAGCGUGCCCGUGUUUUUCCCGCAGGACAAUGAUAUCAACAGCCACGGGAUUCUGACGGUCAACUAUGUGAGGUCGACGGGCUGCAACGGCAUCUGCUGA